AUGUCCUUAUUAUUAUUAUUAAUUCCAUUGAUAGGAAUAAGUCUUGUAACUAUAGAGACUAAUUCUGGUUUAAGUAUAGUAAAUAAUAUUAAAAUAAAAUCUAUAGCCUUAACUACAUCAAUAAUAAAUUUAAUUGUAUCAUUAAUAAUGUUUAUACUUUUUGAUUUUAGUAGUAAACAAUUUCAAUUUAUUGAAGAACAUUACCAAGUAAGUUAUUUUGAUAUCUAUUUAGGUGUAGAUGGUUUAUCAAUAUAUUUUAUAUUAUUAACAACUAUAAUAAUGCCUGUUGCUAUUUUAUCUAAUUGAAAUUCAAUACAAUCUCAAAAUGUAUUAUCAUUUGUAGUAAUUAUGUUAUUAUUAGAAUCAUUAUUAUUAGCUGUAUUCUUAGUUUUAGAUAUAUUAUUAUUCUAUGUUUUUUUUGAAAGUAUAUUACCUCCUUUAUUUUUAUUAAUUGGAUUAUUUGGUUCAAGUAAUAAAGUAAGAGCUAGUUUCUAUUUAUUUUUAUACACUUUAAUUGGAUCAUUGUUUAUGUUAUUAUCUAUUAUAGUUAUGUCUUCUAUUAUGGGUACUACUGAUUUUGAUGCAUUAUUUAAAGCAAACUUUAGUUAUACAACUCAAUUAUUUUUAUUUUACGGUAUAUUUAUAGCUUUUGCUGUAAAAACACCAGUUAUUUUUUUAAAUACUUGAUUACUAAAAGCUCACGUUGAAUCACCAUUAUCUGGUAGUAUUAUAUUAGCAGGUAUAGUUUUAAAAUUAAGUUUAUAUGGUAUAUUUAGAUUAAUGUUACCUUUAUUACCUAAAGCUUCUUUAAACCUUACAUAUAUUAUAUAUGUAAUAGGUGUAAUAACUAUAAUCUAUGCUAGUUUUAGUACAUUAAGAACAAUAGAUAUUAAAGAAUUAAUUGCUUACUCUUCUGUAUCUCACGCAGCUGUAUAUUUAAUAGGUGCCUUUAGUAAUACAAUACAAGGUAUAGAAGGUUCAAUAGUUUUAGGUUUAGCUCACGGUUUUGUAUCACCAGGAUUAUUUAUUUGUGCUGGAGGUAUUUUAUACGAUAGAUCUUCUACUAGAUUAAUUACAUAUUAUAGAGGUAUAGCUCAAAUUAUGCCUGUAUUCUCUAUAUUAUUCUUUAUAUUAUGUUUAGGUAAUAGUGGUACACCUUUAACUUUAAAUUUCAUAGGUGAAUUUAUGUCAUUAUAUGGUGCAUUUGAAAGAAUGCCUAUAUUAGGUAUACUAGCUAGUACUUCUAUUGUAUUAUCUGCAGCUUAUACAAUGUUUAUGUAUAAUAGAAUAGCUUUUGGUGGUUCUUAUUCUGUAUAUUUUGUAGAAAACAUAGGUGAUGUUACUAGAAGAGAAUUUAUAUUAUUAUUAGUAUUUGUAGUAUUUACAGUAUUAUUUGGUAUAUAUCCUGCUCCUAUAUUAGAUGGUUUACAUUACUCAGUUUCUUCUUUAAUUUAUAGUAUAAAUUAA